AUGGAAAAUCAAACCAUAACUACAGAAUUUAUACUCUUGGGACUUUCAAGAAACCCAGAAAUUCAGAUGAUUCUAUUCUUUGUGAUUCUAACUAUAUACACAAUAACAGUAUUAGGAAACCUUUUGAUCAUACUGAUAAUUAGGACUGAACAUGGCCUUCACACUCCUAUGUUCUACUUUCUCAGUCAUCUAGCCUUCAUUGACAUUUGCUUCUCAACAGUCACUGUCCCAAAGAUGCUGGGAAAUUAUAUUACACAUAAAAAAACAGUUUCUUUGGUAGGAUGCAUUGUACAAAUCUUUUCUUUUACCCAUUUUGCUUGUGUGGAUUUCUUUCUACUUUCAAUAAUGGCAUUUGAUCGCUACAUUGCAAUUUGUAACCCACUGCAUUAUUUAUUAAUUAUGAAAAAACAAAUGUGCAGGCAGUUGGUGGGAGGAUCCUGGAUAAUGGGAUUCUUGGAUGCAUUGAUCAACUCUCUGCCUUUGAAAUAUUUGAAAUUUUGUCGGGUUCCUUUAGUCAAUCACUAUACAUGUGAACUUCCUCUGCUUUUGAACUUAUCAUGCAGUAAAACAUUUACGAAUUAUAUGUUCUUACUUGGCUCAGUUAUUAUUUUUGCUAUUACACCCUUCUUUCUUAUUGUUGUAUCUUACAUUUAUAUUAUUUCUUCUAUCUUAAAAAUUCAUUCAGCAAAAGGCAGGAGCAAAGCCUUUUCCACAUGCAGCUCCCAUCUCAUUGUGGUUUGCAUGUUUUUAUUUUCAGCUUUUUCCAGGUACCUGAAUCCAAGUUCUCAAUCUCCUACAGAUCUGGAGAAAGUGAUCUCUAUCCAAUACACUGUGUUAACACCCAUGUUGAAUCCAAUAAUAUACAGCCUAAAAAAUAAAGAUAUAAAAAUGGUAGUUAAGAAAAAAUGGCAAACCCUGCGUAAAAUGAUAAUGUAG